CUUCUGUUUGAAUCUGAAGGCAGAGUUCGUGUGGAGAUGCAUGAAGACCACUGUGUCUUCAUCAUUGAAGGAGCAGAAAAGGAGGAUGAGGGAGUAUACAGAGUUAUAGUUAAGAAUCCAGUGGGAGAAGAUAAGGCUGAUAUCACAGUCAAAGUUAUUGAUGUUCCUGACCCUCCAGAAGCUCCCAAGAUCAGCAACAUCGGAGAAGAUUACUGUACUGUGCAGUGGGAACCCCCUAAAUAUGAUGGUGGGCAACCUGUACUUGGCUAUAUUUUAGAGAGAAAGAAGAAGAAGAGUUAUCGAUGGAUGAGACUGAACUUUGACCUUUUAAAAGAGCUAACCUAUGAAGCCAAGCGAAUGAUUGAAGGAGUAGUUUAUGAGAUGCGGAUUUACGCUGUCAACUCUAUUGGCAUGUCCCGACCAAGCCCUGCCUCACAACCCUUCAUGCCAAUUGCUCCUCCAAGCGAACCAACCCACUUUACAGUGGAAGAUGUUUCUGACACCACUGUUACCUUGAAGUGGAGACCCCCUGAGCGCAUUGGAGCUGGUGGAUUAGAUGGUUAUAUUGUGGAAUACUGCAAAGAUGGAUCUACGGAAUGGAUUCCAGCUCUUCCUGGCCUAACUGAGCGCACAUCUGCACUGAUUAAAGACCUGGUCACAGGAGACAAACUUUAUUUCCGUAUAAAGGCCAUAAACUUGGCUGGUGAGAGUGGAGCAGCAAUAAUCAAAGAGCCUGUUACUGUUCAAGAGAUCCUGCAGCGUCCCAAAAUCUGGUUGCCACGCCAUCUCAGACAGACUCUGGUGAAGAAAGUGGGUGAGACAAUCAAUAUUGUGAUCCCUUUUCAGGGUAAACCAAGACCUAAAAUCACGUGGAUGAAAGAUGGUCAAACUCUAGACUCCAAAGAUGUGGGAAUUCGGAACAGCAACACAGACACAAUCCUUUUCAUCAGAAAGGCAGAGCUUCAUCACUCAGGAGUAUACGAAGUCACUCUUCAGAUAGAAAACAUGACUGAUAAAGUCACAAUAACAAUUCAAAUUGUAGACAAGCCCGGUCCUCCUCAGAAUGUAAAGCUUGUGGACGUUUGGGGAUUUAAUGCAGCCCUGGAGUGGACUCCUCCACAAGAUGAUGGCAACGCACAGAUCUUGGGCUACACAGUGCAGAAAGCUGACAAAAAGACAAUGGAAUGGUAUACUGUUUUUGAUCACUAUCGUCGCACAAACUGUGUAGUGUCAGACCUGAUUAUGGGAAAUGAAUAUUUUUUUCGAAUCUUCAGUGAAAAUUUGUGUGGAUUGAGUGAAACUGCUGCAGCCACCAAAAAUCCUGCCUAUAUCCAAAAAACAGGCACCACUUACAAGCCACCUAGUUACAAAGAACACGACUUCUCCGAACCUCCUAAAUUCACUCACCCUUUAGUAGACCGUUCUGUGAUUGCAGGAUACAACACCACCCUCAGCUGUGCUGUCAGAGGAAUCCCCAAGCCAAAGAUAUUCUGGUACAAAAACAAAAUGGAUCUCUCUGGGGAUGCCAAAUACCGCAUGUUCAGUAAGCAGGGUGUGUUGACCCUGGAGAUCCGGAAACCCACUCCAUUUGACGGUGGCUGUUAUACCUGUAAAGCUGUUAACGAGUGUGGUGAAGCUGAAAUAGAGUGCAGACUGGACGUCAGAGCACCUCAGUAAAACUCUGAAUCUCAAUUC